AUGGUGAACGACAACUAUAAUACAGCCGAGGGCAUCGACAGCUAUUACUUGGUGAAUCUGAAACACAAAUACAGCAUUACCAGUCCGUCCCCACUCGACAACUUAUUGGUUCUUUAUGGACUUGAGCCUAUUGCAAAAUCAUUAGCUAGAACAAAUGCCGAUGGUUCGAAAGGAGUGAAGUUGAGAAAGUCAUAUAAAAAUCACAUUCAAGAUUUGCCUGGAAAGCAUCAAAUAGUAGGAGGUCAGAAACCUAUACCAGCAGGUUUGUUGGAUCCUAUGGUAGCCCAGGCUCCCGACAUCAUCAAAGAGUUGGAUCCGGAGUUAUUGAGCCGCGGGUUGAGGUUUGAGAAGACUCCCAUCAACGGUAUUCCUGGUUUCAAUACAGCAGAUCUUGCUAUAAACGACCAGCAUACCUUGAUGAGAGGUGAUGAUAUGUCAGAAAACGACGAGUUUGGAGCUAGAAGAAGCAAGAGAAAGAAGAAGGCACAAAACGGCACAGAUUCAAAGAGACAGCACAUAUGAGACGAGGCUGAAGAAUGUACCCAUUACUAUAAUUGUAAUAGCAGAUUUUGUACAAUUAUAGUAGUAUCUCUACUAUUCUAAGGUAUGAAGUGAAUUCUACAAGAUCUAGCUUGAUACUAUGUUAAGAAGGCUUUUCAUAAUGAUUAACGAUACUUUCCUAUUUCUGCCAGCAUCACUGAAAUACAGCUACAGCAUACCUUUACUUUUCAACAUACUCAACUAAAUAUAGAUUCAGUUGACAGACAGUUCAAACGGGAUAGAUAUAGGACGUCGAUAACUACAUAUUACGUUGAUUAAUAGUGGUUGACUUACUCGCCAAAUUAUUAAUAAUUAUAAUACAU